AAACAUACAUCCCACUGUUCUUCCCAUUGGUAUUGAGUCUACUUGAGCCAUGUCCCAUCCUGCUGCUGCUCACGUGAGCGACGACGACGACGACUUGUUUGACUCCAACGAUGUUCCCAUGACCGAAAACCCGGUCCAUACCCAACCAGAUCGGUCAUUGCUGUACAACGGCUACAAUGGUGCCCAGCCCCAAUCAAACGUGGGCAUGGGUCCAGCAACCCCUGUUCUUCAACCAUACCAACCUUAUCUGCCCUAUGUGGGUGGGCCCGGUGGUGCUGGAGCUGGGCCCGGUGGUCGUGGCCCCGGAUCAACCUUUGACGAUGACAUGUUCAACGACAAGCAAGGAUCUUCCUCGCUGAUGUAUCAACUGAGAUCUCCCACUGUGGCCAAGCCAAAGGGUGUUGCCUUCAAGGAAGCCGAGCAAUACAUGUAUGCGUCGCCUCAAAAGAGUCCCAGCGAUUUCUUUGCCAUGGGUGGGAAGCAAUACGAAAUGGAAAGAGUCGACACCUAUGAUUUAGAAAAUGGUCCUCUUAAUGGAGUUGGUGGAGGUGUUCACCCUCCUCACUUCACCCCAGGUCAUACUCCGGGCCAUUCCUUCCUGAGACCAUAUUCCAACCACAUGACCUUCAGUGGGGACGAUUACAUGAUCAACCAAAUGGAAGAUGCUGACGCUGACGGAGAACUUGAUCCCUUUGGAGAUGAUGAUUCGCUUUUCUCAGAAACGGGGGAAGAGAUGAAACGAGCAAACACCAUGAGAAGAGGUACUACACUCCGUGGUCGUAGUGGUAGUCGUAAGGACAAAAACGGCAAUGAUAUCGACCAAGAUCUCUUGGAUGAAGAAGAUGAUGAUCAGAUCUUGAAUUAUGGUAAUGAUGAUGAUUUCAGACCAAGACUUAAUUACACGAAAACCAUUAAAAAGGUGAUGUUGGUCAACGGGAAUUAUGUCAUUGAUGCACCUGUACCCAAGGCACUCUUGGAAACUUAUGGGAAGAAAAUCACUGAAGGAGGCCGUGAGAUGUCAUACAUGCGAUACACGGCCGCCACCUGUGGACCGCUGAACUUUCUUCGGUACAACUAUAGUCUCCGUCAACCAUUGUAUUCACCACCAAGAGAAACUGAGUUGAUGAUUUGUGUCACCAUGUAUAACGAAAAUGAAAUUUUACUUGCAAGAACCCUCAAGGGGAUCUUUGAAAAUAUCACAGAUUUAACCCGCCGUGCAGACCCGGUGUGGGGUGAAGAUUCAUGGAAGAAAGUCGUCAUCACCAUCGUGGUGGAUGGACGGGUCAAUCUCCACAAGCGUGCAGAAAAAUUGAUGGUUGCCCUUGGGGUGUACCAAGACGGAUAUGCCAAAUCCAAGAUCAAUGAAAAAAAUGUCAAGGCGCACAUUUAUGAAUAUACCUCCACCGUGGGGAUCGAGGCUGUCAAUGAUAGAGUCCACCUUGUGGCCAAUUCCACCCCUGUGCAAUUCAUCUUUUGUAUGAAGGAGAAGAAUGCCAAAAAAAUUAACUCCCAUAGAUGGUGUUUACAAUCGUUUGGUCCUAUUUUGAACCCCAAGGUUGUCAUGUUGUUGGAUUGUGGUACCCAGCCGGCCAAGGACGCCUUUUACUACUUGUGGAGAACUUUCCGUGACGAUAACGUAGCCGGAGCGUGUGGAGAAAUGAGAGCUGCCUUGGGUCCCGGUAGGAAAUUGCUUGGUAACCCUUUGGUGGCAGCACAAAAUUUCGAAUAUAAAAUUUCCAAUAUUUUGGAUAAACCUAUGGAAUCAGUUUUUGGAUUCAUUUCUGUGUUACCCGGUGCGUUUUCCGCCUAUAGAUACGAUGCCUUGUUGAAUGUGGAUGGCCAAGGGCCCUUGGAAAAAUAUUUCAAAGGUGAGUUCUUACAUCAAGAUGCCAAUGUGGGAGAUGAGUUCGAUGAUGAGCGCAAGUUGAAAGAGAAAAAUUACCAAGAAGCCGGGAUCUUCACCUCUAAUAUGUAUUUGGCAGAAGAUCGUAUUUUAUGUUUCGAAUUGGUGGCGAAAAAGGGCCACAAUUACAUCUUGAGAUACGUUAAGGAAGCCAAGGCAGAAACCGAUGUUCCAGAACGGAUCGAUGAGUUUGUCUUACAAAGAAGAAGAUGGUUGAAUGGGUCGUUCUUUGCUGCUGGGUAUGCACUUUUCCAUUGGACCAAGAUUUGGAAAUCUAACCAUUCUUUGUUGAGAAAAUUGUUUUUACAAUUGGAAUUCUAUUACCAAUUGAUCACCUUAUUAGUCUCAUGGUUUUCAUUGUCAUGUUUCUUUUUAGUGUUUAGAAUUUUAACCCAGAAUUUGGGUUCUUCUGAUAUGAAUUUCCAAGUUGGUGCAUACUUGGCGGUGAUUUUAUUAUGGUUUUAUGUUGGUUCAGUUGUCUGUACGUUUGUGUUGGCGUUUGGUAACACUCCAAGAGGUACCCGGAAGUUUUAUAUGGUGAUUGCCUCGUUUUUCGCCGUAUUAAUGGCCUAUUUGAUGUUUUCUGCCAUUUAUUUGGCGGUUCAUACUGUGCAAUCGAUUAUUAAAGAUCAUCCAAACAAUUUCUCAGUAUUAUUGGUGUUUACAGAUUCGAAAUUUAGAGAUUUGAUUGUGUCUGUCUUGUCAACGUAUACCCUUUACUUUAUUGGUGCAUUCAUGUACGGAGAACCAUCCUUCAUGUUGACAUCCUUUGUCCAAUAUGUCUUGUUAUCCCCCACCUAUAUCAAUGUUUUGAACAUUUAUGCCUUUGCCAAUAUCCAUGAUGUUUCCUGGGGUACUAAGGAAUUACCCAAGGAAAGAGAUUUGGGAUCUGCUAAAUCCACCGGGAAUAAGGAUGAAUUGGUCAUGGUUGCCCCUGGUGCGUCAGAUGAAGUGGAUGAUGUUUAUUACAACAUUUUGGACGAUUUGAGAGCAAUUCCACCUCCAGAAACGGCGGUCAUCACCAAGAAACAAAAGGAUGACGCCUACUAUGCCUUCAUUAGAACCAUCACAGUUUUGAUCUGGAUGUUGACCAAUGCCAUCUUGAUUGCCAUUGUUUUGAAUGCAGCCGGUCUUGAUACAUUCACCGGUAAGAAUGUGCAAGCCACUAUGAACAAGAAUGCACAAAUCUUCUUGACUAUCAUUUUGUGGAUUGUCGCUGGGUUGGCGUUGUUUAGGUUCUUUGGAAGUACAUUGUACAUGAUCUUCAAGUCGUUUAGACCUAUCAAAUGGAAGUUCAGAUCAAGAAGAGAGGUUAAAAGAAAUUCAAGAACUCAGUAAGAGAGGAGAAAUGAAAUGAUCUAUUCCAAUUGAUAUGAUACCAAUGAUAUAAAUACAAAAUAAGAAAUGAAAG